CCCGGCGCAAGGGCUGGCCACAUAUUCAGUUCAAGUUUGUUUCAAUAAUUGUUCUGAGAUUGCAGUUUAUCCUUUCUCGCUUUCUUAGAAAAACAGUUGCUGACCAGUCAGCUUGGUAUAAUGCCAGCAGAUUAAAAUCUGUAUAAUUUCUGUGCAAUUCUGCCUGCUACAUUUGUAGGAGAAGUGAAAGAAAUGCAAACAAAAUAUCUACUAUGAAAUUGAAAAAUUGGAAUUACAGUUAUUUAGGAAAACAUGAAAAGCGAAAACGAAGACCACCUAUAUCUAGACUAUUUCGGUCACAAUGAAGACUGUACCUACCCUCUGCACACAUCUAUAUCCUUGUUUCUGUUGGCAUAUUGUGAUUGUAAGAACUUCAGGAUAUUUUUAGUAACCCCAAGUGAAAUAACUUCUGAUAUGCAACAGAUGGAGGAAAUACUGUCAGCAUACCCAGAGAUUAGCUUCAUCAAAAGAUCUGAAAUUCCUGUGAUGGUUCAAAACUGCUGUUUACCUGCUGUAGUUGAAAAGAAUGGAAGAUUUUGUCGUGCAGGGCUUGCUGUGGUAUUGCGGUAUAUAGUACAGAAAACCUAUGAGGCGGAUCCAUCAAAGAAAGGCGUUGUGGAACUCUUGGGCUUUAAAAGGACCUGUUUGAAAGCCUGUGCUGAAAUUAGCGAAUGGACCAGACUUUGUGAGAUCAGCAUUCCUCUGGCAGUUGAAAACUUUCUAAAAGUGUCUCCUAAUCAGCGUCAGAAUAUUCCCAAAGAGAUACUGCAGUUUGAAAAUAAAUUGGGGGAACCUGUAAGAGUACACAAUGAUGACAAAAUUAGAAGACAGAAAGUUCAACAGCAAAAGAUGCUUGACAAGACAGCAAGCACUGAUAUUUCCUCAAAAGAAGAGAGGACUGUGGAAAAUCAGAAACCUGCUUCUGCAGAUUUGGAACUGAGGACAGCUUUCUCUAAACUAACUCUGCAGAAGGUGCCACUUGCUACCAACAGGGAACCAUCUCACAUUAGGAAAAUAAAGACAUCUGAACUUCCACCUCUGGAGCAUAUAUUUGCUGAAGGGCUUUAUUUCACUUUGACCGACAUAGUUCUGUUGCCAUGUAUCCAUCAUUUUUUGGCUGCCUGGAAGAAACACCAAAAUAACGUAUUACAGCUGCCUUUAGUAUUGAGCUGGUACAAAAGGGUUCUAGAAGUACCUGGAAUAAAGCAAGCCACUGUCAAAUGCAAUAUAAAAAAUAUACUGAACUGUCGAUCAUACCCUUUACCAAAUGAAUGCCAGCAGAAUACUUUCUCAGCUUUUAAAGAGCCAGAAAACUUUCCAGAGGAAAUUCAGUUUAUAGGUGGACCAAGACCAACAAUAACAAAAUUAAUGGAAAAAGGGAUUGAAGCAAUGUUUUCGCCUCAUCCUUGCCCUAAAUGGGCUCUAGAUUGGGACAGUUUGCCUGCUGCAGUCAACCCAGGAAAAGGAAAGAUGUCUGCUGAUCGUGCUUUGAGGAAACAGCAGCAACUGAACAACAUAAUAGCUUUAGUGACAAAACUGUCUAAGCCUGGAGAUGUAAUUGUGGAUUUUUGCAGUGGUGGGGGCCAUGUUGGAAUUGUUCUUGCUUAUAUUUUACCCCUGUGCCAGAUAAUUUUGGUUGAAAAUAAAGAACAGUCACUUCUAUGUGCCGAAAAAAGAAGUGAUGAAUUAGGAUUACAUAAUAUUUGGUUCAUCCAAGCGAAUAUGGACAAUUUUAAAGGAAGUUUUAAUAUUGGGGUGGCACUGCAUGCUUGCGGUGUGGCAACGGACAUGGUUAUUGAACACUGUAUCAAAGUUGGUGCAGCAUUUGUUAUCUCUCCUUGCUGUUAUGGUUUCAUACAGAAUACAUCCAAGUUUGUAUUUCCACGAAGCCAUCUGUUCAAGAAAGUGCUGUCAUAUAAGGAGCACAUGAUUCUUUGCAGAUUUGCUGAUCAGACAGCUGUCCAGCUGCCCUCUGAACGCAGGCAAAUAGGUAAACAGUGCAUGGGACUGGUGGACCUUGACCGGGCUUGGAGUGUGGAAAGAAGCAACUACUCAGCCCAAGUGAUAACCAUGGAACCACAGUCAUGUUCCCCAAAGAAUAAUUUGAUAACUGGUAUCCCAGUUUAAUUCAAAGGUUUUUCUGUCAAGUUGAAUUGAUAUUUAGUUUUCUUGAUCAAAGUGCAAAUAACUUUUUGAAGACUGGAAAGGAAACUCUGUACAUCUUGAAUCAGUUGUCUCCAGAAAAAGGAAGGAAACGCAGUAGGGGCUAUCUUGCAAAGCUUCCUAAUUCCUGUUUGAAAUAUGUGUUUAAAUGACAUCUGGCUCUCCCAAAAUGUUAAGCAGUCUACAUUAUAAUAGCAACCAAUAUAUCCUUGGAAGAAUGAUUUCCUUUUCUAUGAAAAUUGGUCUUGACAUUGGGAAACGUAUUUUGCAAGUGUUUUGAGCUUAUCAGUAUUGAACUAGAGAACAAAUCAUAGUAUCUUCUUUUCAAUAUUUUACAAUUAUAUUUUUGUGCUCAGUUACAACUGUAUUGCUGUAAAUACAAAGUAUCACUUUGCUCAAAUAUUUUAAUAUUUUUUUAGAAAAGUAUAUUCUAAAUUAAAAAAAAUCUCACAACGUA